GCAGCGAGCUGCUUCGUUUUACAUUUAUAUAUUUUUAAAAUUUUUGUACUAUAUUUUUUAAAAUUUUGGUAACCUUUUAUAACUGCAAUUAACUGCGUUACGCUGCACUGAAGGGUUUGCCGCCACAAUGGCUUCGUGUAACUUUAUCUUCGACAUCAUUGUAACAGAUUUGCAGACAUAUGAUGAGGUAGACGAGUCGACCAGAUUCCAAGUAAUAGCCGUAUUUAAUAAGAGGAAAAUUCCAAUACUGGAGAAUAGCAUCAAUGUAGACGAUUUUCAACCGGGAGACAGAUAUGAGUUCCAAGCAGAUCCACAAAAGCUGCGUGCUGGUCUUGAGGAGUGCGGCAUUGCCAUGACAGUUAUGCGCAAUGGCCGCUUGAUUGGAGCUGGCUUGAUCACAUUUCAGCAAUCGGCGCUAGACAGCAUAGCCGAAGGUAUGAGCGAUUUGAUUUAUGCAGAUAGCUGCACUUUCGAGAAGGAUGGCCUGGUAAUGGGUAGAUUGGAGAUUCUCUGCCGUUUGGUUAUUAAAUGCGAAGAGCCUGAAGCCGAUGCGGCUACUUCCUGCCGUCGAACUAUAGACAAGAGUAUCAACGACAAGGAUAUACUGUUCAUUGUAGCCGAAUCGCAGCGCUGCCUCGCACCCUGUGAUCCUUGCCAAGAAAAAGUGCAAUCAGAAGAAGGCGAUGAGCAGCUGAGAUUGGAUCUGCAGCGCUAUCAAAGCGCCAAUCAGCGUGCCGCCGCCUCGCUGAUUCACAAUCCAACAGCAACUGCUGCCUGCUGUGAAAUUAAAAAAAUGCUGAAAGAGUACGAGGAUGUAAUUGAAACCAUCACUGCGCGCUUAGGCCAAGGCAAACCGUUGAAGUCGCCAUGUCGCGGCACAGAGGAUACUUAUGUAUCGUUUGGCCAUAAUUGCUGCAGUCCUCCACAGCCACCGGGCCCACGCACUGCGCCAACUGGUCCGUGCUUUAACUACUUGCCCGCACGUAUGGGAGGGGGCAUGGAUUUCUGUGAUCGCAAAUUGAUUCCGGUGCCAAUUGCAGAUGAGCAGCGGCAACAGCCAGCUGCAAUCAAGCCCAUACGCUUUUGCCCCGUUUGCCUAACCAGCAUGUCCUGGAUGCCAAAGUUCGCAGCUUGUCCCAGAUGUGGCAUAAAGCCCAUGCCAGUUGUGGAGGAGCGCCAUAAGAAUAGAUUGUCAGCUACAAAUAUACUUGAUGAGUAUCUGGACAAGCCACUGCAGACGAUUGAGGACUUUUGCAAAGACCCUUGUGAUGAAGCGGUAAAGAAAAAGGCGGCGGACGAUGCAGCUGCGGCUGCUGCUGCUGCAGAGCAUGAAUCCUGCUGCAAGUGCAAGUUUGGCAAGCUAUGCGCGCACUGCCGCGUCGCGCAGCUCUGUGGGGAUAUGUUCGAGUCGCUGAAGAAGAAGUGCCAGCCCAUACAGGGGGGCCCCGAUGAGGACUAUUGUAUUAUGCAGGAGAACUGUGAGAAGCCUUUCCUGGAGCGCGUGUUCUCCGAGCUGCGCGACAUGUAUAGUCUCAAAGGACUGAAGCAGAUAAGUGCGUAUUGCUUAGACAAGCCGCCGCCUAAAAAGAAGCUGGGCAAGCCGCCCAAAGCGCCGUUUGGCAAGAAGCAGUAUCCCAAGGCGUAUUUGGAAAAGCGUAAAGUCGACUCUGGCAGACAUAAGAUUUGUAUGAACCGCGAGAUCAAGGUGGGACGUCGCCACGGCUGGAACUGGGCGGACAGCGUCGAGGCGCGCAAGCAUGGCUGGCAGCCAGGCGUGGUGCUGAAGCCUGUCAAGCGAAUUAUGAACUACUUUAUGCGCGACAGGCACAAGCCCAAGCCAUACACCAUAUGCAAGCAGGCACUGCAGGAGGAGGAGCAAAAGCGACGCAAUCAGCCCACACUCAGUGUGUGCAAGAAAAAUGGCGAAAUCUUCAUAACACUGCGCGCAGCUAACAAUCCAGACGUUGACAUGCAUCCCAUUAUAUUCAAGGUGGUGAAGAGCGAUCUUGCCCAGAAAAUGCGGCUUAUCAAAGAGAAGCUCAAAUGCAAGGGCUUCCGCAAAUGCACUUGCCACCAAACUGUCAUGCUCUGCACCUGUCGCUGCUUCAUGGAGAAGCGCAAUCUGGAGAAAGCCAUACGCAAGGAAAGCAAGCGCCAUUGCAUUGAAAACUGCGUCGAUCAUCUCAUACUCACAGACACCAGCGACAGCGAAAUGGAGUACAGCUUUGAUGUGGGCGCACCCAAUCAACAACUGCCGGGGCCACCCAAGAUCCCGACACGCAGCCGCUUUUCGCAAACUUAUGAUGACAAGAAGGAGCGCAUAGUGCCGCCUUUGUAUCCAACGCCAACCAGUCCCUACUGGCGCUCGUACAACUGCGCUGCAGGUGAUCGCUACACAGGCACAGCCUUUGGCAGGCCAGGUGAGAAAGUGUUUGAGGAUGGCGUUUUUGGCUUCCGAGGUGGCGGCCCACAUGGCGCAUCUGCUGCGCCUGGCGGUCAUCACAAAGCUCCUGGAGUUUGGGGCGCCACUCCUGGCGGACCUAUGCGCGGUGGUGGCCGCGGUGGCGCCUUCGGCGGCGGUGGCGGUCCUGGAGGCGGUCCUGGCGGUGGCCCUGGUGGCGCUUUUGGUGGCAAGGGAUUCCCAGGUGCAAAGAAAGAGAAGAAACCGCCUGGCGAGCCGGUCCCGCCACCCCCAGUCAGAAUGCAGCGACCCUUCUACAAAGCCAUUGAAGACGCUGUGCAGGCUGAGAAGGAUGAAAUUGCUCGCCAGAUUCAAAAGCGCAAGGAUGGCCCCAACAUGAUCAAGUACUUGCAACAAGGUGGCGCUUUGCCCAAACCCUGGAAUCCCAAUAAUCCACCGCCUAAAAUACAAAUACUUGGUCCUGUCGUUGGACCCGAUGGCCUCACCGAUGCGCAACGCCUACGCAAGCAACUGCGCCAGAUGCCCAUUCCGCCACUGGAUAGCAUGCCACGUCUGGGCAAAGGCUUCGAUCCUUGCUGUAAUCAUUGCUAUGAUCCCUGCGGGGGCCAGUGGUACAAUCCCUAUUGCUUCUUAGGUGGUUGCUAGUUCAAAGUACACAGAGUGCAAUUUUACGACUUUGGCAACAGUCGCAAUUGUCGACAUGCUGCAGCAUGUUGCAGCAAUUGACAAAUGCAACUGUUCUAGAGUUAUUAAAUUUUAGUAGUUUAAUAUAUGUUUCUA